GUGAGUGGUGCUUGAAUGCAUCUUAAGCUCGCUGUUGGUCAGUUUCUCGUGUUGUUGAGACGGCGCUUCGGCGGUGGUGAACCCGACCCUGAACUGGAACGAACUACCUCAAAACAACAUGCAGCUCUUCUGAAAUACCCGACCAUGUCUGUCAUCGAGGACGUUGACUUGCACACCUUCGGCCACGAGCUGCCAGCCAUGUUCAACGGCAUGAAGCUGGUCGCGGUGGCUGCGGUGGCUGUUGUCCUCUACGUCGUGGUGGGCUGGUUAAACCUAAAGAGUCCAACAGCACCGCCGGAGAUCAGCUGUCAGGACACGCCGCUCAGCCGCUACCUGCUCAAGUCCUGCCCAAUGCUGACCAAAGAAUACGUUCCUCCUCUGCUGUGGGGGAAGAGUGGUCACAUCCAGACAGUCCUGUAUGGCAAGCUGGGGCGUGUCAGCACUCCAACGCCCCACGGGCUUCGCAAAUUCCUCCCGAUGCAGGACGGCGCAACAGCAACCUUUGACCUCUUUGAAGCUGUUGGAAAGCACAUCACAGGAGAUGACAUCACCAUGGUAAUCUGCCCUGGGAUUGGAAACCAUAGCGAGCAGAACUACAUCCGGACCUUUGUGGAUUACUCCCAGCGGCACGGCUACCGCUGUGCCGUCCUGAACCACCUGGGAGCUCUGCCUAACAUGGAGCUCACCUCGCCGCGCAUGUUCACCUACGGUUGUACGUGGGAGUUUGGGGCCAUGGUGGGCCACAUCAGACAGGCGUUCCCCCAGACUCUGCUGGUGGUGGUGGGCUUCAGUCUGGGAGGAAACAUCGUCUGUAAGUUCCUCGGAGAAAAGCGAUCCAACCAGGAACGAGUGCUGUGCUGCGUUAGCGUCUGCCAGGGAUACAGCGCCCUCAGGGCUCAGGAAACAUUCCUACAGUGGGACCAGUGUCGAAGGCUUUACAACUUUGUAUUGGCAGGGAAAAUGAAGCAACUCAUUCUGUCACACAGAAGCAGUUUGUUGGGCACGACAUCCAGCAGCAUUAAUGACGCCGACCUGAACGGCCUGUAUGCAGCUACUUCUCUGAUGCAGCUCGACGACAGAAUAAUGAGGAAGUUUCACGGCUACAGCACCUUGAGGGAGUUCUACGAGAAGGAGAGCUGCGUGCGCUACAUCCACAACGUGUCUGUACCCCUCCUCCUGGUAAACUCAGCAGAUGAUCCACUUGUUCAUCAGUCUCUUCUAGAUAUUCCACGUGGACUUGCAGAUAAGAUGGCCAACAUAAUGUUUGCCCUGACCCAACACGGAGGACACAUGGGCUUCUUUGAAGGAGACGGGCUUUUCCCGCAGCCCCUCACCUGGAUGGACAAGACCAUCGUGGAGUACGCCAAUGCCAUUUGCCAGUGGGAGAAGACGGGCGUGUCUGCCAGACAAGAGGCAACGAGAUAAUGAACUCUUAGUGGGUCACACUCACACACACCUUCAGGGCCAAACACACACAGACUGAAAAGCACAUGUUCUUCAGCUAUUUGUACACUUCUGCACAUUUCACUUGUUUAUUGUUCUAACUUAAUCUCUGAUGUAACGUGGUAGUUCGCCCUCUGCUGGUGUUUUACAGUCUGCUGUGGCUUCCAUUUUAACAGACAAGUGAUUUAAUAUUUCAGUGUGUUACCUUACACAUCUAUGCUUUUUCAAAGGGCUCUGUUAAAAUGUUUGUUCAGCUAGGUGGAUGAAUGCUCCAGUAUUUAUAUUUAAUGUUAACCAUGUGGGAAAUCUCAGAAACUGGACUCAUCAAAGUGCCUUAAAGGAAGAGUUAAUAUUUUUUAAAGAGGGGGGGUUCUCUGGAAGGUCUGAACAAUUAAUAUCUUACUUGUUGGAGAUGGCAAUUUAAAAAAACUCAUUUUGGAGAAACAAAGUUUAAGUUUGACAGGACUGAUGCCUGAAUGUUAGCAAAUAAUAAUGUAGGAAGGAAUCAAACAACCAACAGAUGUUUUUAUCAACUGGCAUAUCAGUGAUGAUGCACUGUAGCUUGGUAUUUAGCUAAAGAAAUGUUGAAGAGGAUUGCUAAACUGAGGUCAUUUGUUUUAAAAACAACAAAAGAGACGUCCGUCACACAUUAAAUGUGUGCUUCAUCUCUGAAAGCUCACGUCUCUGCGGGAUGUGGCCGACCACAUGAAUGAUUUUUGAACGGCCAGAGGCAGCGUAAAGGCUCUGGUUUUGUGGGACCAUUUCAUAGAACAUUUUUCUAAAAGAGCCUGUAGCAUGAAGUCUGUUCAUCCAGACUGAGGCUGUUUUAAAGAGCCAUUGGGUAAGACUGAGGUUUGGAUUAAAUGUUUGUAACUUUUCACCAGAACCUCACUGCUACAGAUCUGAAAUAUCUUUUGUGUGGAUAACAGGUUUAGGUUUCUGCAAAGAACUACAUUCACGGGCAGCCAUGGAUUUGUUUUAUUAUUUAAACUGGUGAUUGUUUUCAGAAUUCCUAAUUUAUAUAUAAAUAUUUUUUUUUUACUUUUUUAUUCAAAUUUACUUAGAUAUUAUUUGUCCAAGUGAGGAAUUUUAUUUCAAGAGAGUAAAGAAUUGAUAAAACUGUAUGAGCACUUUAUGCAAAUACUUUUUUAACAUGGUAAUGCAGACAUUGCACUGAUCUUUGUCACUUUCUACCAUUCCGAUAUCUCCUCCUUAAUGCCUUUUAAAACUUGCACUUAACAAAUGUCUCUUUUACAUUUAUUGCUGAGAAGUCAGGUGUCUUGAAUUUCUACAUGUUGCUGUUUACAUGGUGUAUUAUUCCUGCACUAAAUGUCCUGCUACAGCUCUACAAGACAAGGGGUAUGCAGAAAAGAUAGAUUUAAAGGGCUGAGGGGAACAAAAGGUGCACAGAUAAAUUAUAACGAGAGGUCCAGAUGUGGACUUCCAGGUGUGAACUUUUGUCUUAAUUUAAAAAAAAACAAUUCUGUGUAUAUAUGUGUGGCAUUUAUUCAAGCUUAAUGAAGGUUGGGCAUAAGAGUAAAAUUGUUAGGUGGGGUGAUUCUUAAUUCUGCUUUUUAUGUUUCACAUGUUUGGAGUUCAUAUUAUCAGAAACAAGGAGAGUUUUGUUGUUUAAGCCACAAUAUUCCAUUAAAAAAGACUGAAUGAUAAGAGAUUCAUUUUACAUGCAGAUUUCUAUCUAUUAUAAAUAAAAAUUCUACAGUUUUCUGAGCAUUUUCUGCUCUUUUCUUUGGAUUGUCAUCAUUGUGUGUACCCAUACAAUGACAAAAUUUGUGCAGUAUAAGCAUAGCCUCCAACAAAUUUGUGAAGUAAAGUCAGCAAAAUAUGAUCUUAUAUUUAUGUAUCUCAUUAAUAAACUGUUGAACCUUGCAAAGGUAAAAAAAAAAAAAAAAAA